UGGAGUGGUAGAAUGCUAGGCUUCUGACUGGUGACAUUAGAAGCCUUGGGGUGUCAUUGGGUCCCCUUUCAGCCUGAGGUGGCUCUCCAUCCUCACUACCUGAGGUCAGUACUUAUCACCACCCACCCUCCUCCUGCCACUCUCACCCAAUUGUGGCUUUCCAUUACCUCACUGCUCAUGCUACCUGUGGGCGCACCAUCAGAGGGGAACGAGGACUGGUUGAAGUGCUCAGAGAUCACUCUUUCACUUUUAUCCCAUGGAAAACUUGUGAGUAGUCAAGGCCAAAGUUUGUUUUUAUUCUUAGUCCUGAGUCCCAUGACUGCCCCAGUGGCCUGCCUCUGGUCUUGAUGACAUACCGAUAUGGAGUUUCUGGCUCCUCUCUCUGCCAGGUGGUCUUGCCUCUGGACCUAAUUCCUAGAGAUACAGUGAGGCGUUUCCCAGAAGCCUAACAGCAGAAGGUAGAGGGAGGAACUGAGAGGAGCAGAAAUGUGAACUAGACAUCUAGUGAAAAAAAAGAGGAUGUGACUUUUGACAUCAUAAAUUAGGAAUAUGAGUCUGAUUUUUUUAUGUUCUUGAUGCAUCCUCUAAGUCCAGUCCAUCUCCCCAGCCUCCCUGGCUAUUAUCACCAGCUGUCACUCUCCUGAUCAGAAAUCACAAACCUCAGACAGAGCUGUUGCACCACUUGAUACUUGCAUACAUUGUAGGAUGGAUCUGGUCUGCCUUGCACAACACUGAGAGUAAAUACUGCUUUAGAUUUUGCCUAACCCUGGUCCUGGCCCUGCCACAACCCCAGUUCCCUUUAUUCCAUCAGAGAUCAGAAUCAUAUUUAUGUAGCUCUCCAAGCUGCUAGAGCCUGUGUUGGGCCACUGUUUCACCAGGAAGUGCCUUCCCCUCCUCCUAGGGCCAGCUUUCAGCUUAUGUUAAGCUUGACUGUAAGAUUUUCUGCAGACGAGAGGAAAGUACUCUUGGUGUACUUCCUGUGACGUGGCACAUGGGGGUAGACACAGCUGAACUGGGCUUUGCAGCUCCGAGGAAGGAGCUUCUAAAAAGGAGGACUCUUCAGGACUUCUUGGGAGCCAGGUAGGGGGUAUUUACACUACUAGUGACCCUCAACUGUAGCUCUGGCCAAAGGUACUAGGACAAGGGAAGUGAGAGGGUUUGUGGGUGUGAUAGAGGGUAUUGAGUGAUGUAGCUGGUUGGAGGUGAGGGAGCCUGAGAAAGACCAGGAUGGUGAUAAGCUGGGAACCCCAAAUUGGAACACCGAUCAUCUUAAGCCUAAAAUGAUCGGUGUUCCAAUUUGGGGUUCCCAGUGCCUAGAAAUGUUGUCCCCUUGAUUAUCAGUAUGAAUGUAAAAGAGGAAGCAGAAGCCUGCUCAACGGGAAACAAAGACCUGGCUCUGAAGGAUGGAGGGGAACACCAAAGUCCUGACUCUUGUCUGGGUCAAAAUCGAUCUAUGAGAGAAUCAUCUGGUUCACACGUAGGUGACCUGAGCAACGAGAUGGAUAUAAGACAACAGUUUGCUAUUUGGAGAACAGGGGCCCAAGAGUUAAUUGGAUCAUUUCUGGGCCCUGGAGCAUUGGCAUAAGAGGGUGCAGUACCUGCCCCUCUUAGUGGCUUAGUGCCUGCUUUGAAUCCCUGGUUAGAACAAAAGUGAAAGUGAAACGGGUGCUGGGCAGUACUUUCCCAGAAGGAGUUCACUGCAUCCUGCCCUUCUCAGAACCACUCCUGACAGUGGAGAGAGCAUCACCUUCCUUUGUGACUAGAGAGGAAGAAGUCACAGAUAUAUAGAACCUGAGCUUGCCAGCUCCUCAUGUACAUCACGACCAUGGGACAGAACUGGAUACCAGACUCCAGUUCUUUGUGGGUACUGCUUCUGUAUCUCCACAUCGUCACUCUUUUGGCUGGAGCCACACCUGUUCCUCAGACUAUCACAGCUGCCACUGCCUCAGCUGGGAUCUCCAAGGACCCUAGCCCCUCUUGGUCUCCAACACUUCCACCAGCUAAGCGGUGCCCAGCAUUGGAGGUGACCUGGCCAGAAGUGGAAGUGCCACUGAAUGGAACGCUGACCUUGUCCUGUACUGCCUGCAGUCGCUUCCCUGACUUCAACAUCCUAUACUGGUUGGGCAAUGGUUCCUUCAUUGAGCACCUCCCAGGCCGGCUGAGAGAGGGCAGCACCAGUCGAGAGCCUGGAAUUAAAAGCACUCGACUGUGGAGAUCCUUGGUGCUAGAGGAAUUGAGCCCUGCCCUGCGAAACACCAUCUUCUCCUGUGUGUUUAUGGACCCUGGGCAGGUUGCCCAGCAUCAUAUCAUCCUGGCACAGCUCUGGGUGAGGAACCCAAGGGAGGCCUCCAGGGACAGGUCGAGCUCCACUUCUGUGUGGGGAAGAAAGGAAGGGAAGGCCCGUCAGAGAAGCCUCCAAGUUAAUGCCCCCAUUUUCCCUAAGGCUGGGCCGAGGGUGGUCCUGCCUGGCUCUCAAGAAGCCCUACCUUCCAGCCAGAGCCCAGAUCCCCAGCUGCCCACAUCAGCAGGGUCAAGAGUGAGCACAGGGCCAAGAAUAGCACCACCGUGAGCAGAGCCUGGAUACUUCCCACCUGGAGGGCGAAGUCUUGGCUGCAGGCUGCAGGCUGUGGGCAAGCAAGCGGCUCCUCUUCUCAGAUUCAAACGUCCUUCCCACCCGCCUAGAAAAUCCCAGUGACCUCCCCUUAAGGCUCCCUCCUCCAGCUUGCCUUUCUCUUCACCUGUCUCAUUAGCUUUUCUAUGUCCUACUCAUCACACAUAUCUCCUGCUCAGAAACCUUCAAGACCUGUCCAGAACCUUAGCCCAAGACUCACAUGUCCUUCCUGAGCACCCUUCCUUGUUUCUAAGAUGGCUCCCACUCAUGUGCCUUUGCGCCCUUGGUCCUGUCUUCCUUGCCAUUCCAACAGGUGACCCUGGAAGCCUGGUUGAAAUGCCACCUCUUCAGUCAUGGCCACACACAGCUCUGGCCACAUGUGGCAUUGAUUUCAUGUUGCCUACAUCUAUAUAUUAUUUUUCACCUUAAUGAACUAUCCCAGGGAAGUGGACAGUGGCUGCUUCUGAUCCCCAGUCAUCCCCAGCAGGACUCACAAUAAGUCCUCAUAAAAGAUUAUUCAAUGGAGGCAUCUUGACAUCUGCUUAGUCAUUUAGACCUCAGUUCCGCUCACAGGAACUUUGCCUGUCCCAGGAGGGAGCAUGGGAAGAGAUGGACUGCCACUUAGAAGCCUUAAAACAAAACCAGAUUUAGAGGAUCAUAGGCCCUCAAGAAGCCUUGCCUCUGGCUCUCAAAAAAAAAAAAAAAAAAAUUCCUCAGGAACAGAGGCCAGAAAUGGAGUAUGGGAAGAUCCUGGGGACAGAGGAAGGCUCUAAGGAGCCUAGAUUUCCCUCUUUCAAUACAGAUCAAGGCUGCUUAGCACUCAAGGGAGAAAAAUAGACUUUAUUUACAAGAAAUAACAUUUAAAAAAAGAUCCAUCCCAGCCCUUAAAAACCUUCCAAUCACUCCAAAUCCAACCCCAGUGCAAGUCUGGGGAAGGUAGGGUAUGAGCUGCUGUUUAAGGCUGCCCUCCCACCCCACCCCACCCUAGCCCUGAGACCCAGGGCCCAUUUGUCCUGGAAAAGAACAUUCCUUGGGCAUCUGUGCCCUUGUGGAAGAGAGCAGGGGCUCCUACUAGGUCAUGCCCAGUCUUCAAGAGCAAGGCCCCACCACCUGCUAGUCCCAGCCACGGGGAGAUACAAAGACUAGGGCCUGCUCCUCUGGUCCCCUCUAGGCUGGGAGUAGAGUGGCUGGGCCCAAGGAUACAGCCACUCAAAGCCAGCCUUAUAUCUGGUUAUAAUAGAGAAUUGACAGCUCCGACAACAACAAAAAAAAUUAGGAGGCAAGGUUGGGAGAGGGCCCACACUGUCCAAGCUCCGAGCCUCCUGGGCCAGCUCUGUGAAGGUCCAGGUACAGGCCAGGGUGUGGGCAGGCAUCACUGUCUCUAGGGGUUUGGCCACUAUUGGCCUGGGAGCUGAGAGAAGGCACUGAGAGGGACAGUAGAAGGAAAAGGACCAGGAGAGGUCAGCAUCAGGGUACACAGGUGGGGUCACUCACUGGUACUGGCCCUUUAGUGCUUUGCCUGAAAAAGAGAGAGAGAGAAAGAGAGAGUCACAUGGUGGAAAACCCUUCCUGUACCCAAACACCUGACUGGGAUUCCUUCCUUCAUGAAUCUGGACACAUCUAGCUUCAAUUUACCAGUUUCUGGCCCUACUUAAGCAGCUCUGGGUGCUGUCAGUGGGAAGGGGGUUUACCUAGCUCCUCUCUGACAAUAAGCUGCUAUUACCAGACCCAGGGACACUUCUUAACUCUGCAGUGGCCUGACAUGGCCUUGCCCUGGCUGCUGCCCUGCAAAGGGCCUGUGCUUCUGCUCCUGUCAAUGCCUCUACCUUGCCCUUGGCCCGAGGGGUGGUAGUGGCCGCAGAAGCAGUGGCAGCACUGGCUGUGGUGGUGGCAAUGCGUGGAGAGCGGCGGGUUCCACUGCGGGUGUUGGGGGAGGCCUUGGACUGGGCCUUCUUUGAGGCUCCUCGUCGUAGAAGACUAUUUCCCAGCUUCUUAGGUGUGUUGAGGAUGUUGAAGGCCAUUGACUGACGCCGGUCAGCCUGUGGGAGAAGGUCAAAUUGGGAAUUCACGGCUGCCUUCCCGGCCAGCCUGCUGCUCCAAGGCUCAGCCAGCAAGGCUUUGCUAGUGUCUUCUGUCCCCUCCAAUCCCAAUCUAACCUGUUUUAAAACAGCUUGAGCUUUC